AUGACCACUCGCAUCCCGAACUACGAUAUCCUUGAGCCCACCUCCUUGACACAAGAAGAGGUCAAGCAAACCUUGGCCCGGUUCGAGUCGCUUCGUUCUCAGCUUGCCCUCGCCAACUUUCGCGGUCAGCUCGCUAUUCGUGGUGAGCCCCUCUUCGCAAAGAGCAUCACCAUAUUUAACGAUGCCGCUCCCCUUGGUGGCUGGAUGGUCGCAUUGCCUGUCGACGUUCACGACGUAUCCACAGUCGUCAAGUUCUGCGCCGCUCACCGUCUGUCGCCUUCAAUCAGAUCCGGCGGUUUCGCAACCGCCGGCUGGGCUAUCCAAGGCCAAGUGAUCAUCGACACUUGCUUGAUGGAUGAUGUAAAGCUGGUCGUGCCCAAUCGUUGGACUGGCCCCCAUGCUGCUGACACCCAGCGCCCCGACUCUUCUCCCUUGACAGUGCCUGCUGUUGGACUCUCUACCAUCUACCAUCCAACUGGCGUAUGCGCAAAUGUCUCCGAUGGCUCUGACACCUCCUCUUCCAAUCCAUCGUCUUCGUCACAGCCUGCCCCAUCAGCGGCGACUGCAAUCCCGCCUAUCACCGCUCAAAGAAACGCAGACUCGAUCCCAUUUCAAAGCGAUUCCGUGAGCGCAGCAGAUCGACUGGUUACACGGCAAAUCGAAAAUCCAUCCGCCAUCUCCAUACAGCAUCAAGCCACUGAACUCGACGUGCCUAACAGUGAAACUGACGAGAUUGUUCCUCAAGACGCUGCCAAAUACGUGCUCAAGCGCAAAGCUCGCGACUCUGAUCAAGCUUUACUCCGCUCAUCCUACGUCGCAGCUGCCGACUUGCCUGCCUCUCCAGCCAAACGCAGGACCGACACACUUGUCCCACCCGAACAAGCCGACGUCAAGUCGGAAGCCAUGCAGCACGCUCGAAGUCAUGAAAGCGGUGCAGAUGCCGACAGCGAAAGCUCUUUCGCCAGCUCGAACCAAGCUGACCAGCCAGAACGAGACGUUCAACAGCAACACGCCACAACAGAUCGUCUUCACCCUUCUCGUUCCGAUAGCAACUCUCGCAGCGUCGCCGCUUCCCGAAGCGAUUUCCUCAACGCUUCCGAGCCGCGUGACGUUGCGCCGCUGUUUUCUGCCUCGGCCUCUAUGGCUGAGUCGAUAUCUGCCUCUUGUACAUCUUUGCCAGACGCCGCACCCAUUGUCGCCAGAACGUGGGUGGAUCGACAGCUCGAUCUUUCGGGCAACACCUCCGAUUCGCCUGGUGGAAGCAAUUCAGGUUCCAACGGUGGCCGAAGUUCAUCUUGUCUCGCUUCCAGCUUCACUUCGACCUCCAAGCAGUCCUCUGGCAAAUCUUCGAGCGCUAGUGGCGAGCACACAGAUGGCAAAGUGGAUGACGAUCCUCUAGGAGGCCUGACCACGGACGAUGUGGGUGAGGACUCUGCACCUUUCAAACGUCCUUCGACAAUUCCGCUAGCCAAGCACCAUGCAGUGUCUUUGGCAGAGCGACGUCGAGCCACACGAUCCGUCUCCAGCUCGGGAUCCGGUUCGGCGUCAGAUUCCAGUCGCCAACGUCGCGAGAUGGUCGGCAGUCGUACUCCAGAUGAUUGCGAUACCAACGCCAGCACAGAACACCAGCGAUGGCAUCAACACCAUCGACCGCCGUCCGACACUCCCGGAGAAAAGAUCAAGCUACCGGAAGGUGGCUUCGUAUGGCGCAGUGACGGGGUUGAUGCCGGCAUCUCAAGUAUUUCCGCCAUUCCCGGAACUUUGCCCUGGGAUGCAGAAGCGUUCGCGGCCAAUGCUGAAGUUGCUACUGCUACACAAUCUUGCUCGCGCAGUUCCCGCUCCUCGCCCGGCGAAGGCUCGUCCAACGAGCUUGACACUGGCCGUACGAGCGGAUUGUCACACUUUGGCGCAUCCACACUCAGCGAUCUACAAGACGCUUGGCCAUCCGGAGUUUGGGCGGUCAACCAGGAUGCCAGCAACGAUCCCACUGCGACACUUCCGCGCUUCAUUCCGUCACCUCUGCAAAAGUUUGACUCGCCGUCUAUCACUCCCCCGGUCGCGGAAUCUGGCAACCCGUACAGCUUUGACACUCGCCCCGAGGGCUAUUUCAACACCGCCUCGGCUAUCUCGCCGCCUGGUCUGUACGAGGAUCACUAUGCGCUGGCAAGCUUUGGACCAGGAGUCGGCAUUCGCGGAUUGGACGCAUUCACCGAUCGGGCGGGCCGCGAGGGCAAGUUUCUGGCAACCCUGAACGAAAAUACUAAGGGAAAAGACAGGCAGCUCGAGUCGCCGCAUGCUUUCCCGUCGCUGGUCGUCAACGGUGUACCGUACCAUGUGCCUGUAUCUGCAUAUCCUGUGGGAUCUACCGCCAUGACGACGGGUGGAUUUGGCUACCUCACGAGAGCUUACGGUCUUUCGCUCGACAACAUUGUCGAGGUCGAGAUGGUGCUGGCGGACGGUACCAUUGUGACGCUCAACGAACAGUCGAAAAACAAGUCGCAGCAGGAGCAGGACUUGUGGUGGGCAGUGAGGGGUGCAGCACCGUGCUUUGGUAUCGUGACGCGACUCACUGCCAAAGCGUAUCCCGUGCCCUCGGUCUACUCGGGCAACCUGAUCUACCCGCUCAACCCUGCCACAGCGAGCUCGUUGAUCCGACAUUGGCGCGACUGCCUGAAAGCAGGACUACCACGAAACUUUUACACCAACCUCAUCCUCACCGCUGGGCCAAGCAAGACGUCGCACGUCAUCGUGAUCCAAGUCUGCUAUCUCGGCCCUAAAUCGGACGGUGAAGCGCUCGUGCAGGCCAUCAGUAGCUGGACCGGAGAGCGACUGCUGCUCAAGGAUGUCGAAGAACGUAGCUUCUUGUCGCAGCAGGAUGGAGUGGCCAAAGUGCUCAAGGGCGGUACGGGAAGGAGGUGGAUGGUGCGUGGAGACCUCAUCUCGACUCUGACGGAUGAUGUCAUCGCCAAGAGCGUUCGCAAUUUCCAAGGGCUAGGCAGUCGCGCCGUGUGGCUUUUCGAGCUUAUGGGCGGUGCAGUAGAAGACAGUCCGGCGGACGAAACAUGUAUUUGUCCACAAGCACGUGCAGCCAAGUUCACCGUCGGAUCGCUGCAACAGUGGAGCGGUCAGGAGGAGGAUCGCACGUGCAUCGAGAGCGUUGAACGCUGGCUCGACGAGGUGGUGAACAAGGUCAGUGUGGGUGGCCCAUAUCCGUGUUUCUUGGGAAGGUCGGAAAACAUGGAUCGUGUCAUUGGUGCGUACGGUCUAGACAAUUUCAAGAGGCUCUUGGAAAUCAAGAGAAGAGUGGACCCGAGUAACAUGUUCAGACACACAUUUGGACAGGGAUUCGUGGUGGAUGACCCUGACAGCUUGUUGGCUGAAUUGGGGGAGAGACAAGCGGCGAGGAGACAGAUGCAGGAGCAUCAGGCGCAACAGCCCGCUUAA